AUGAGAGCUCAAUUCAGAAAGAAAUAUCAGCUGUCUGAGAGCCGCAAGGACACAAACCGUCUGAGGCCUGUUGGAGGGAAGGUGUCGCUCCCCCAUGAGCUGUCGAAGAUCAUUCAUCCUGAAAACAGAGCCAAGGACGACGGCUUCAACCUGCUGAGCGCCUUCCAAGGCCUCAGCUUCGGCCCGGCCGCGCUCACAGAGAGGAGGCACAGCAAGAUGUCCACUCCUACGGCAACAACCUACCGACGGACACAUCUCGUCUGGACCAUGAGGAGCAUGAUGAACAUCCGAGUGACUGUGUGUGUCGGAGCACAGCAAACCUGCGGGUCCAGAAAUCUGCUCUGUGGCGUCGCACCUCGGAGAGCUUUCAGCAUGGCGGCGGCAGGGACGGUGGCACAUGGGAAGCUGGAGGGCAGAAAAUCAGCUGAGAGUACUGGAGUUAGAAAGAAGGGUGUGGAAGGACGGGUGAGGAGCUUUGAGGAGAUCCCUCACACAGGCAGGAGUGGCUGGGUCAACCUGGUGAAGUUCUGGAGAGAAGACCGUUUACGGCAUCUUCACUUACACAUGGAGAGGACCUUCAAAGCACUCGGCCCCAUCUACAGGGAGCAUGUGGGCACCCAGAGCAGUGUGAACAUCAUUUUGCCGAUGGACAUUGCUGAGCUGUUCCGCUCUGAGGGCCUGCACCCCCGACGCAUGACCCUGCAGCCCUGGGCAACUCACAGAGAGACACGGCAGCUCAGCAAGGGAGUCUUCCUCAAGAACGGUGAGGAGUGGCGAGCUGAUCGCCUGAUCCUCAACAGGGAGGUGAUGAUGAGUGCGCCCGUAAAGCGUUUCCUGCCCCUGCUUGAUGAGGUUGCAAGGGACUUCAGUCGAAUGCUGCAAGUGAGAGUGGGGAAGGAGGGCAGAAUCGAGGGGGGGAAACGCAGUCUGACCGUGGACCCCAGUCCUGACCUCUUCCGAUUUGCACUGGAAGCCAGUUGCCAUGUGCUCUAUGGAGAACGUAUUGGCCUCUUCUCCUCAUCUCCCUCCCUGGAGUCCCAGAAGUUCAUCUGGGCCGUGGAGCGAAUGCUGGCAACAACCCCCCCUCUCCUGUACCUGCCCCCCCGCCUGCUGCUCCGCAUCGGCGCGCCCCUGUGGACUCAGCACGCCAACGCAUGGGACCACAUCUUCAGCCAUGCAGAGGCAAGGAUCCAGAAGGGGUACCGACGAAUGUCUUCCUCACAGGCUCAGGGGUCCGGGGCCGGAACAGCUGGAGUUCGGUACACCGGGGUUCUGGGUCAACUCAUGGAGAAAGGACAGCUGUCUUUGGACCUCAUCAAAGCCAACAUCACUGAGCUAAUGGCUGGAGGGGUGGACACGGUGUGUAUGGCUUACAUUAAGUUGUGA